UGGAACUCUCUUUGCCCCUGUUCCGCAAUGUUAUGAAAUUCGCUAUCAAAUUUUGAUGUAAACCUAACCUCAAAAUGUGAGCCGUCAAACCUCCGACUCCGAUUGUGAUUGUAUAUCUUUUAGUGAAAAAUAAGAUGAGUUCCGUGAUAACAAACCAAAAAAACCCCUUGGCGGCAAAGGUGAACGUGUUUAGCCAUAUCAAAUUCGAACACUUAAUCGCGGGCAUAUCAGGUGGGGUAACUUCCACCCUCAUUCUACACCCCUUGGACGUGAUAAAGAUUCGCUUUGCUGUGAGCGAUGGAAGAAUGCAAAAAACCCCGAAGUACAGUGGAAUAAUUAACGCAUUCUCCACAAUUUUCCAUAAGGAAGGUGUGAAGGGAUUGUACAGGGGAGUUACGCCUAACGUGUGGGGUGCAGGCGCCUCUUGGGGGCUGUACUUCUUGUUUUACAAUGCCAUAAAAGCUAACUUGCAGAAGGGCAACUCCGAUAUGCAUUUGGCAGCCUCGACACACCUCUUGGCAGCAUCAGAAGCCGGACUUAUGACCUUGCUUAUAACGAACCCACUCUGGGUUGUUAAAACUAGACUUUGUUUGCAAUUUGACAGUUCAACGCAAGCAUACAACGGAAUGAUAGACGCUUUAGUGAAGAUUUAUAAAGCCGAUGGCAUCAAGGGUUACUACAAAGGUCUUAUCCCGGGAAUUUUCGGUGUAUCGCACGGGGCUGUGCAAUUCAUGGUAUACGAGGAAAUGAAGAAGUACUACAGUUGCUACUACAAUCAACCGAUCAGCGCCAAGUUGGGUACCGCACAAUACUUGGCGUUUGCGGCUACUUCUAAGUUUGUAGCCGUCUCAGUUACGUAUCCGUAUCAAGUUGUACGAGCCAGACUCCAAAACCAACAUUACUGUUACAAAGGGGUUUGGGACUGCAUGAAACAGACCUGGGUGUACGAGGGAUGGCGUGGGUUCUACAAGGGAUUGGGUACCAACCUUUUAAGAGUCACUCCAGCCACCAUGAUAACAUUUUUGACUUACGAAAACGUCUCUCACUUAUUGCUUAGAUACAACAAUAGCUAGUUAGACACUUAGGCGAUGUAAUGUGAUGUACUUUUAAGAUUAUUAUUAUGAAUUAUGAAAAUAAUUUAGAUAUUGUUAGGCGUCCUUUAUUACUAAUUUUAGUAAAUAUGUACCUUGUAACAGCUUAUAAAAGUAUACAGGAUAAAAAAAUUAAGUGCCAUACCUAUCUCGAAUUAUUCUAUUGAAAUCAGAAUUUGCUUCAUUUAUUUUUAGAAUUUUCAGACUUUUUACCUAAAAGAUGUAUUUUUUGCACUAAAUAAUCACAAUUUCUUAAGUUCCUAAUUGUUGUAAUACAUUUUUGUACAGGACGAUCAAUAUAUCGAGAAUUUGUAACAGCCUGUAUAUUUGAAGUACAGUACGGAAAAUUAAACACCGUUUCCCGAAUUUAAUUAUCUUCAGUCGUUUUCAAGAAAAACAUGUUUCCCAGAUAUAUCGACCACCUUGUACAUACUUUGUUAUUUUAUUAAAAUUACUUGUUAAGUUUCAUUGUUGUGACAUUAACGUCAAAAGCCAAAGAAUAAAAACUUUCCCUGUGAAUCGA